CCACCCACUGGUGCCAGGACCAGCCUGACAGCUGAGUACCAGAGCCCACGACGCGAGCACCACGCCUCUUCGGCUGCACCUCGCUUUCGCCUACUGCGGCUCUCUGCAAGCCUACGCCUGUCUGCUGUGCAGUGGCAGUCCAGGCCCACUUGUCCUGACUCCCCUCCACCCUAUAUCACUACCUCGACCUAGAUAUGGCUUCUACCUCGUUCCGCGACUCGAUGAACUCGCUAGGCUGGAGCAGACGAGAGCCUGAACCCGUGAACACUUCGUCGCCGUCCCUGCUGGGCAGGCUCCAAAACCUGAAUCCCUUUGGCGAGGGCGGUUAUGUCAGGCUUCCAAUAUCAGAGACAAAUCCUGGGGCUCCGCUGCCCGCGCCAACACGAAGAGAAGAAGAGGAAGGGUGGUUUGCGCGCAUUCGUACGCCUCUGCGCGUCCUGAAUGCUUCGCAACCCCAGCCCUGUUGA